UAAGUACAUCAAAUGGUAAUUUAGGUACACAAAUUGCAUAAGUACGACCAGAAAAAAAUACACAAUCGAGAUCAAUGAGAGCUCUAUUUGCCAUCAUCUUGCUUCCAUCGGCAAACUUAAGACACACAGAUUCAUUUUUCAGAAUCGAUCUCGGAUCAAUCAAAUCAGACCUCACUAGAACUGCUGUUGAUCCCGUAUCCCUCAAAACUUUAACAUCUCGGCCAUUGCAAGUUCCCAGAACAAGUGGCAGAUUACCACUGUAAUUUACACUAUUGUUCAUAGCAAAAUUGACAUUCACAGUUGGAUCUUUCUUCUUCUGAUCUGAAGACGAUCCCCCCUGUUUCGACCAACAGUUCUUAGCAAAAUGUCCCGGUCCUCCACAUUUUUCUCAACAGUUAAAGAUAGGUUUGCAUUUUUGUUCAACAAUGAAAUCCUGAGCGACGUUCAGUUUGUUGUGGGUCGUGGGGAGGAGGAGCAAGUGAUCCCAGCACACAAGCUUGUUCUGGCAGUUGGCAGUGCAGUGUUUGACGCCAUGUUCAAUGGAUCCUCCCUCAUACCAUCCUCCCCUCCCUCAUAUCCUCCCCUCAGUGACGAGGUACAGAUCGGCCCCGAGACGGUGAUGACGGUGCUGUACACGGCCAAGAAGUACGCGGUGCCUGCUCUCGAGCGCCGCUGUGUUGAGUUCCUCAAGACAAACUUGUCUUCUGACAACGCCUUCAUGCUCCUCACGCAGGCUCGCCUGUUUGAUGAGCCGCAGCUGGCUGCACUGUGCCUGAAGACCAUCGACAAGUGCACGGCUGAAGCCAUCGUGGCUGAAGGCUUCACAGACAUUGACGCGAGCACCUUGACGCUGGUGCUGCAGCGCGACACACUUAGGAUCAAGGAACUGCACCUCUUCCGGGCCGUGUGUCGGUGGGCAGAAGCAGAGUGCAUUCGACAAGGCCUGGGUGUUGGUGGGCGCCAGCAGCGUAGCGUCUUGGGACAAGCCCUCAACCUCAUCAGGUUCCCGCUGAUGUCCGUGGAGGAGUUCGCCCAGGGGCCCGCCCAGUCCGGCAUCUUGACAGACGCUGAAGUGGUGCAGCUUUUCCUUUAUUUCUCGGUGAACCCUAAGCCGUCAGUGGACUUCAUAGACGUGCCCCGCUGCUGCAUGACGGGCAAGGAGCAAACUGUGUGCCGCUUCCUAUGCAAUGAAUCCCGCUGGGGCUACUCUGGCACCCCUGACCGAGUCCGCUUCAUCGUGGAUCGGCGCAUUUUUGUGGUGGGAUUUGGCAUGUACGGCUCCAUCCACGGCCCUUCUGAGUUCGAGGUGGUCAUCCAGCUCAUCCACACCCUGACUGGCAAGGUGUGCGGCAGCAACGAGACAGUCUUCACGUCCGACGGCUCUACGAACACCUUCCGCGUGAUGUUCCCUGACCCCAUCUCAUUAUUGCCAUUUAAAGAGUUAACAUUUUACGGUUUAAUGUUCAUGAUACUGUGUCGCCAGGGCCCCGACUCGCACUACGGCACCAAGGGCCUGCGUAAGGUGGUCGUCGAGUGCCCGUCAGGGGACCGCGUCUGCUUCCAGUUCUCCUACGCCGCCGGCAACAACAACGGCACUUCCGUCGAGGACGGGCAAAUACCUGAGAUUAUUUUCCACACGUGAAGUGUUAACAGCUCUAGGGGAUGUCAGCAGCGCCGUAUUGUCCAGAUGUUAAGUGUUAACAGCUCUAGGGGAUGUCAGCAGCGCCGUAUUGUUCAGACGUGAAGUGUUAACAGCUCUAGGGGAUGUCAGCAGCUCCGUAUACGCUUCAUCAUGAUACGCUAUUAUUACAAUAAAGAGGGCGAACGCUCUUGAAUUGCUGGUCCCAAACUGGGCGUAGAUUCUCGCCUCUAAGUAAUCAUUAUGGCCACUUGAAUAUAUCAAUGUCGACAACUGGAAGGGGGUAACGUGCAUUUUGUGAUAUUUUGAAUUGAGUGAUAAGGUGAUCAGUGUGAAGAUGCAUUGCCAUAAGACGUUAUCAGAAAAAAAACAAUUAGCCGGGGUGAAAGUAUAUAAACCUCGUCAUAGCGUGUAAUGUCUGGCCAAUUGAGGGACCUCUUCGGCUAUGGGUCGAGACAUAACGCGUGGCACCUCUCAUUUGUACAAAAUACAAAUCGUUGCCAGGGCAUUUUAUUUCAAUAUGUCUCGUUGUUUGCAGGACAAAGAAAUCUGACAACCGUUGUAGGGCAUUAACAUUUUAAGGAGAGAAGUCUUGCCGUAUUUUUGAGCACACCGUGCGACGCAUUGGGGCCUCUUUAUCUGGGUCAGGCUUCUUUAAAUCACGGUAGAGCAGAAGAUCUACAUUAAUUGUGGCAGGUUUAUAAUUUUGCGUCACGCUUCCAGUCGCUAAUUGUAAGGAAAUUAUUGUAUUUUAGGCA